GGGGCGUGUCCGUGGCCCCGCCCAGUUGCGCGUUCCCGAGAAUUUCCGUUUUCUCUUCUUGAAAUGUGAAGUGGGUGCAUGUCUGCGCAUAGCUUUGCCUUGUCAUUAUUCAGAAAGAAACGCGUGGUCAGCGGCUCUACAGACAGCUCCACUGCAACGGAACUGGUACAUGGUGUGUAAAGUCAGACUUUUAGCCAGACAUGGACACUGAAAAGAGUGGUGAGGUUUCAGAUGCGUCAGAAACUCCACAGCAAGAGGAGACUGAAAUGGAAAAAGAGUUUGUGUCAAAAUUGGAGACACCAGAGGAAUUCCCUGAGCCUGAGAAGCCACCAGCUGCUGAUGAAGAGACCGGGCAGCUGCCACUGAAUGGUCACGAUACACAAGUUGUGAAAGAAACAGAAGAGUUGAUUGUGACAGAAAAUGUUAUGCUGUCUGAGCAACAAACAGAAAUGAAGAUUGACGACGGCUUGCCCAAAGAAAUAUCUGAAAUGGAGGCAGUGCCUGCGGUGGAACCAACAGAACCAGAUGAGUCAUCUAAAAAGAUCUCUGACCCAGUUGCAGCUUUAGACACAGAACCAGAAAACGCCCAGCCUAAACAGCAGCCUGCGCCAAAGAAUGACCCAGAACCUUUGCCUGUGCAAACACCUCUGGCCGAGAGUGCCCCUGAACCAAAGCCAGAGAAGUUGGCAGAAUCAGGUUCAGAAGCUGAACUAGAAGAGCAAACAAUACCUAAACCAACUCUACUGCAGCAGGCAGUAGAUACACAUUCACCCAGCCAAGAGGAAAAAGUGUCACAACAAGGGAAAACUGAGACAGAAUUGCAGACUGCAAUGGAAACGGGGUCAGAAGAAGUUUCCAAAAAAGUGGCAGAAGAUGUAGCUGUUAAGCCAAUUAGGGAGGUGGAAGAAGAAAAGCCAACAGAAGCUGUGACUACAAACGAGGAGGCAUCAGCUGAAAUUGAAAGUGUGAAACCUGCAGAAGACAAGAAGGAAGUUGAACCAGAAAAAUCAGUUGACUCUGAUACCCUGAAGGGAGCUGGAGCAGCAUCAGCAGCAGAAGGUGUAAAAUCUGAGAAGAAUAAUGCUGAACUUCAAAAGGAAGAGGAAACGGUCCCUGCUCCUAGCUCCCUCUCCUUUGCUCUCCUGGAACAAGAGCAGACCAGAGGCGCCCUGCAAACCUCUCGUACGCUUGUUGUGCUCAGGGGCCUUCCAGGAAGUGGUAAAAGCUACUUGGCACGUGUCAUAGCUGAUGCCUACAAAGACAACUGCUCUGUUGUCUGUGCCGAUGACCAUGGGGUAAAGCCAGAGAAUCCAGAAUCAUCAGUGGAAGGCUACAAGGCUCUGGAUGAGGCUGUGGUGGCCUGCUGCAGUGCAGGAGCCACUUCCUCUAUACUGAUGGUGGUGGAUGACACCAACCACAUCCAGGAUCGACUGGCCCGUCUGUGGGAGAUUGCCGAGCAGCACAACCUUGUCGCGGUCUUUUUGGAGCCAUGUACCGAAUGGCGCAGAGAUCCAGCACAGCUGACCAAGAAGACCAGCCGUGACCUGGAGGAAGCCCAACUGGAAGCCAUGAGAGGUCAACUCGAGGAAAUGUCCCUUCCUCUUUACUUUGGCUGGUUCCUUCUUUCCUCCAUCCAGGACAAGGUAAGGUGCACGGCAAUGGACUUCCUUAAAACGCUGGACACCUUGGAGGCCUUCAAGAAACACUUGAUUGACUUCACUGGGAAAGCCGAGAAGGAGGUGGAUUUGGAGGAGCAUUUUGAAGCCAAAGGAACUCUCCAUUGUACAACAAAAUUCUGUGACUAUGGAAAAGCAGAGGGUGCCAAAGAGUAUGCAGAGAAACCAGCUGUUAAAAAUUUCUAUGGUUCUGCAUUCGAGCUGUCACUGAGUGCUCUCUUUGUGACUCCUCGCACUGUUGGUGCCAGAGUGUCCCUCACAGAGGAGCAGCUUUUGCUGUGGCCAGCUGAUGCCGAAGAGGAGGCAGGGUCUCCCUCCAUGCCUCUGGGAAGCCGCGCCCAUGUUACUCUAGGAUGUGCCGAGGGUGUUGAGCCAGUUGAAACAGGUCUGGAUCUGCUCCAAAUCCUGGCACUGCAGCAGGAAGGCCAUCAGGGGGAGCUCAUCGAGGAGAUGGAGCUUGGCUCGCUGACCUAUUACGGAGAAGGAAGGUGGCUGCUCAGUCUCAGAGAGCCUAUCUGCUCCCCAGCCUGCUUCUCCAGCUUCUAUGGGCGCAAGGAGCUUGAUCCGGCCAAAAAAGAACCCGAGAAGAAAAAGAAGCAAAAGUGCACCAUAUUGUAAAUGGUAAACAUGGGGAUGUUAGGCCGGGAUGACUGGUGAAUUAAAACAAAGGCUUACUCUGUGCAAGGUUUGUGCAGUGUUUAGGGUUUCAGUUAUAGCCACCCUCAAUCCACAAGCUGUGUGCCUUUUUACUGUUGAUUUGCACCCCAACCCAAGAUGCCUUCAAUCCGGUUAGGCUUGUUGUCAACGUUGUUCUAUCUUUCACAUAUCUGUGCCAGAGUUGCAGAACCUGGCUAUUUGCUGAGGUGUUGGUUGCAGCUUUAGACUAUGGUAGUAUAGCCUCCUUCCACAUUUCAACAGUAAUCUAAAACUUAGAUUUUCUCUUCUAUAUAUGUCUGUGUCUCUCAGUAUUCAGAUGUGAAAAAAAUAGGUACUUGUCAUUGCAUGCAUCACAGGUUAACGGUAUCAGCAUAGUAACACAUUUCUGCCCUGCUAAAAGUACCUCUGUUUUUCUUUUGCUUAGUUGUAAGUGAAAAUGAUUAGCUUUCAUUUCAGUGGGCAAUGCCUAGGAAGUAACUGUUACAAUAGCAUAUGGGCCAAAGUUAUCUAUUUGAUUAAGUGUAUUAGAAUCAUUGUCAUUUAUAGAGGUCCUUCCUUGUGAAAUCUUUGCACUGUGCCUAGUUUGAAAGGGAGAAUGCUGAUGAAUUUGACAUUUUGUUUCAGCAGCUUGCACUUAGUACUUAUCUAAUGCUGUGAAUCCAAGUUCAUGUUUUGCAACUUUUCUACUGCGCAAGACUGCACCCUUGAUCCAUUUUUAUUCUCUUGAACACCACUUCAUGUAUUGUAACUGUAAUCUUUGAAGGACAAUUCCUACUUUGUGUAGCUCUUAUGAAUCACUAUUUUUGCACUUGUUUUGUACACUUAAUAAAAAGAACAUGCUUUGCUCCAGUAAUGCAA